CUAUCUUUUUGCGAGUGGUUAAACUUCGCAAAAUGCUUAGGUAUUAUCCUACUGAAGAUGUGACUCGGAAGCUGUUGAGCCACGUCAAAAAACCUUUUAGUCAGCAUGUGAGGAAACUGCGAGCUAGCAUCACUCCUAGGGCCAUUUUGAUCAUCCUCACUGGGCGCCACAGAGGCAAGAGAGUGGUUUUCCUGAAGGAACUGAGCAGUGGCUUGCUACUUGUGACUGGACCUCUGUCCCUUAAUCGAGUUCCUCUGCGUAGAACACACCAGAAAUUUGUCAUUGCCACCUCCACCAAAAUUGAUAUCAGCAAUGUGAAAAUCCCCAAACACCUCAGUGAUGCUUACUUUAAGAAGAAGAAGCUGCGUAAGCCCAGACACCAGGAAGGUGAGAUCUUCGACACGGAGAAAGAGAAAUAUGAGAAAUAUGAGAGAAAUACAGAGCAGUGCAAGGUUGAUCAGAAAGCUGUGGACUCGCAAAUUCUGCCAAAAAUCAAAGCCGUUCCUCAGCUUCAGGGCUACCUCCGCUCUGUGUUUGCUCUCACGAAUGGAGUUUACCCUCACAAAUUGGUGUUCUAAAUUUCUUACAAAGAACCUAAUUAAAUAACAGAUCCAUC